UUGGGUUUUCAAGAUUUGAUAAUUCGACCCAUAAAUUGAAAUGCUUUCUUUAUUUUCCACGUAAAAAGAUUUGCGGAAGAAGUAAUCAAACAUCAAGAAAAGAAAUUAAAUCCAAUAAAAAGACAAUACAAUAAUCGUGUUAAUGUUCAUGUAAAUAUCCCUAAUAAAGAAAUUGAUCGAUAAAUAUCCUUCUGGCCACUCUGAAAACCCAUCUGAUCGAUAAACAUCAAUCAAACAUGUGAAUUUUUGUUUAUUUUAUCUAGAGUAUAAUAUUCUAUAAUAUUUAUUGUGAGUUUGGGACUAAUAGUUACAUAUAUCAUACAUAAAUAUUCUAUAGAAUAUUAUUAUAGAUUAUUAUACUUUAGAUAAACAAAAGUGGAAACUAAAAAGUUGGUAAUUACAAAAAUACCGGCUGAGAAAACGGAAACCACCAUUCUCAACCAUUUUUCUUCGUGACCAGCCGCAGCUUGUUCGUGACCCAGCGAUCCAACCCCAACAACCCAUUCUCAACCAUUUUUCUUCCAAAUCCAGCAAAAUCAAAAUCUAAAAAAAUGUAGAACUCCUAGGAAACCAGCUGAAUCCCGAAAAUCCAAAAUCAAAAACGAAAAGGGAAAAAAAAAAAACCAGGAAACCUCCAUUGAUGUACAAAAAAAACUCAAAAACAACAAUCAUUCAACAAAGAAAUCGCGAUCAGAGGAGAAGAACCGAGUAGAAGGAGAGCUGGAAAUCAAAGAAACUCACCCAUGAUUGAAUCAGAAGGACAAUUGAAGGAAACGGAACCAUUACAAAUAUUGGUGCAGAGCAAUGGGCAUUGGGAUGACAACAGAAACUAUGUUGAUUAUGAAUCAAGUGGAGAAUUAAUUUCGACCAAGUGCACUUUUGAGGAACUAAAGAGAAUAAUGAUGGAAGAACUCCAAUGCAACCAUGAAUCAACACAACUACAACUGAAAUAUCAACUGAAGGAAGGAGGCCAACCACUACACAUCAAGGAUGACAAAAGUCUGUUGUUCUACAUAAAGCUAUUAACGAAGGAGGUUGAUUUCACAAGGUACCCAUUGUGUGUGAACAAAACCAGUAACACGGCACCACCUAACCAAACAAUGGUGUGGAACAAUAUGAUCAUGGAAUCGUAUGAGAACAACGCAGCACAGGAAGACUUGCAGCAACCUGGAAACAACACGGCAACAACUUCCAAGCAACAACUAUCUGCGCAGACGAUGGGAUCUGGUGAAGUUGAUGCAUUUUUCCUAGAAACAGUAACAGUGUCAUCAGAAUCAACCAUACAACAACCAGACAACAACAGAGAAAAAACUACAGCAGUAGAUGAAUAUUUUGACUUCACCGACUAUGCAAAGCUUGUGGCUGCAGAAAUGGUACAGCAACUAGAAAACAACCAGGAAGAAGAAGAGGAAGUGGACAACACAGAAAUGAUGAUCAUCAAUGACAAACGACAUGAAACAAUAGAGAAGGGGCAAAUUUACAAGGACAAAGAAACAUUGAUAAGUACACUAUGCUACUUUGCAAUCAAGAAGACAUUUCAAUACAAAGUAGUGAAAUCUUGCACAAAAGAAUACAACAUAGUGUGUUUGGACACAAACUGCAAAUGGAGUUUAAAGGCUACAAAAAUGGAAACACAGAAACAUUCAUAAUAAGGAGCUACGAAGAAGAACACACAUGUGCAGUUACAAUUAGAUUUGGAGAUCAACGACAAGCUAC